AGCUGCUCUUCAAGGCCUGGAUGCGGCAGCACAACAGGGCCUACGGCCCCGGCGAGUAUCACCGCCGGCUGCAGAUCUUCGCCGACAACAAGCGGCAGAUCGAUGAGCACAACGCGGCCAAUCACACCUUUCAGAUGAGUCUGAACCAAUUUUCAGAUAUGACGUUUGCAGAGUUUAAGAAGAAGUACCUGUGGAGCGAACCGCAGAACUGCUCAGCCACCAAGGGCAACUUCCUGCGCAGCUCCGGCCCCAGCCCCGACACCAUCGACUGGAGGAAGAAGGGGAACUUCGUGACGCCCGUGAAGAACCAGGGGCCCUGCGGGAGCUGCUGGACCUUCUCCACCACGGGCUGCCUGGAGUCGGCGAUCGCCAUAGCCACCGGGAAGCUGCUCUCCCUGGCGGAACAGCAGCUGGUCGACUGCGCGCAGGCUUUCAACAACCACGGCUGCAGCGGGGGCCUGCCCAGCCAAGCCUUCGAGUACAUCCGCUACAACAAGGGGCUCAUGGCGGAGGACGCCUACCCGUACCGGGCCAAGAACGGCACCUGCAGGUUCCAGCCCCACGAGGCCGUCGCUUUCGUCAAGGACGUUGUCAACAUCACGCAGUACGAUGAGGCGGGCAUGGUCGAGGCCGUGGGGAAGCACAACCCGGUGAGCUUUGCCUUUGAGGUGACGAGCAACUUCAUGCACUACAGGACAGGAGUCUACUCAAACCCCAAGUGCGAGCACACCCCUGACAAGGUGAACCAUGCCGUGCUGGCYGUGGGCUACGGAGAAGAGAACGGGACUCCUUACUGGAUCGUCAAGAACUCGUGGGGCCCGUUCUGGGGCAUGGAGGGGUACUUCCUCAUCGAACGAGGCAAGAACAUGUGCGGGCUCGCCGCCUGCGCGUCUUACCCGAUUCCUCAGGUGUAAGAGGGAGCGCCGGCCGAGGAGAACGGGAGCAAUCCCUUGCGUGUCCGUUUCUAAAUGCUGAAAUAAAGUGCGGGAGAACAAGAACGAGCAGAGCCUUUGGGACUCGCUCCRCGCAGGUAGGUGCCUUCGCCUGCACGAGGCUCCUUUGGCAGGCGUGUGUCCUGGCUCGCGUUCCCAGCCCGGAGCGGCCCCGGCCUCCYGCUCCCGCCAUGCCCUGGAAGGGCAUCCCGCGGGAUGGGGACGAGAAC